AUGAAGAAACGAAUAUACGCAUUCGGUCCUCGGGAGGGUUGUUUGCUCGGACCGAUCCUGGCAGAGAAGCCCCCGGGCUCGUUGAAGUUGACCGAGCGCCCGCCGGAGGAGAUCAACGCCGCGACCGGAGAGCCGCUGAUGAUUGAGUGCGAAUUCUGGGGAUGGCCGACCCCGUCCAUGAUCUUCUGGAUGAAGGACGAUAUGCCAAUAGUUCAGCUGAAGCGGAUGACCCAUGCAACCCAGGAAGACCCCAAAGAAGCUGGACUCCUGGUUGGUCAAGGUCGUGCCGACACAGGCACCGAGCUCGGCACAGUCCGAGCAAGGUUGUAUCUGCCCUGUGUUUCAACACAAGACUCAGGAUUGUACACUUGCAUCGCAGAAUCCCCACUUGGCAGAAAGGCAGCUGCGAAAACUAUGCUGAACAGGAUGCGCUCAUCAGGUCUGCCUACGCAUUUGUUGCUGCAGCCCUCUUUCUGCAUCCCAGGGCCCCAUGCUAUGAUGACCAACACAGGGAAGAGCCAGAGACACCGGGAACCCGGGGGUUGCCGUAAUGUGAACGAGCUGCCAAGCCAGGAAUGUGACCAAAAGGACGUGGACCUACCACCGGCUGUAUUAUUGUCCAGAGGAGUCCUGGGUCAAGGUCAGGGUACCUCAGCUGUACUUUUAUGCCGCACAGCCGGUGGGGUUGUGUCCUGGGUCGGUCCCAACUCCGAACGUCUCGAGACGUCCAAGAAGUACCACGUGAGUCUCUCUUUGCUUUUUACUGAGAGUUAA